AUGUGGGAGCGCAUCCGGACCUCGUCCCUAUCGUCGUCCAUAACCAGCACCACAAUUGCAGGUGACAUACCAGGCGUGCACAGGCAGCGCGGCAGGAACAGCAGGAGCAGCAGCUGCGGCGCCGCGGCCGACCAACAGGACGAGCUUCUAGACGCCCUCGGCAUCGCCAGCGGCCCCUCCAAGUACGAGAUCCGCGGCGGCAAGAUGGUGCCACAGGUCACAACCGCCCACGUUGGCCACAUUCGCGACCCUCUGGCCGCCUCUGUCCGCGAGUCCAUCCACCAGGCCACCCGUCAGCGGCUGCAGCAGGAACUGCAGCUGCAGCGUCCGCCGCCGCGCAAGUCGUGGCUCAAGCGCAGCUCGGGCUGGCGCCCUGCAUCGUCCGUCUACAGCGACGCCGACGACGGCUACAUCAGCGACGACGUGCCGCCGCCCAGGCCCCAGUUCUGCUUGACUCCGUGGGCAAUGCACCGACAGGCUGCAAGGGCGCCCGUCUCGCCGCCCAGCUCUCCCGAGCCCGACGACCACCAAGUCAGGCACGUGGUGGCUGCUAGAGAUGUCUCGCCCAUGGACGCAGAGUCAGAGCCGGCCGUGUCUUACCAGGUCAAGGCCUAUCGCGCCUCGCGCCACGCCACGCUGCAGCACGCCAGCACCGCGCCGCACGACCAUCGCAGGACGCAGAGCGGGCCCGCCAACGAACCGCGUCGUGACCAUGGCCCGCUCAAGCUGUCGCCCGGCGCCUCAGUCAUUUCCGCGCCCGUCGCUGCCGGGGCCGUCUCUCCUGGCGGGCGCCCUGCUCGCGUGCCGCCUCCAUAUCUCGGCUCGCGCGUGCGGUCGGCCUCCAAGACCAGCCCCGGCGGCGCAGUGACGACGACGGCGACGACGACGACGCGCGAGGGCCGACCGCCGUGGAAGGGCGCCAGCGGCCGCUCCAAGAUUUUGCCCUCCGUCGCCGACGACUUGUAUGUUGCGCCUCUCAACAUCCGCCGCGGCAACGACUCGACUCGCGGUGGGGGCGCAGCGUUAAUAAGCCGUCCUGAAACGAACCACGCCGGGGCCGCUUCGCAGAGGCCGCGGCCCCUGGCAUUAAACCAAAGAGAUGUCACUGCCUCAAAGCCUCUCGCCACAGGUCCUCGUUCAUAUCCGACGCCUCCCGACUCGGCUUCCCUCGCCCGCGCUCCCCGUCCCCGUCGUCCUCGUUCUCCCCCUCCUCCUCCGCCCUCCUCCACCGACUGGUCGCCGUCGUCGCACUCUCCGGCGCUUCACUCGCUCGCUGCUGAUGCGCCUUCGGCGUCGGCCGGGAACAUCAAGAGGAAGCCCGCCCCGCCCGUCGACGCCCGCCAGGAGCCGUCUCGCGUCCUUGGCAGAGACGCCGCUCGGCCCCGGCAGCCGGCCUCGGAAUCCGCCUGGGUGCUGCCGUCGUCGCGCUUCAGCGUCACCACCUGUGCCACUUCUAUCCCCGACACUCCGCGCCAGUCUGUGGUCCCUCCACUUCCCAUCCUGUCCCCGCAAUCCUACUCUUCCUCGGUGACGGACUGCACGGGAUCCCGGUCCGAGGACUACAGCGUCAGAGCAACGCCGGACGCGACCACCGCCUCGCCCGGCAAUCUAUACUCGACCGUCGACCACGCCAAGUCUCUCGCCGGGCGAAGAGGAGACCGCACUCCACGAACCUUUGCCACCAUGGACGCCCAAUCCAUUGAUGGCCGUUCCUCGAUUCUGUCCAUGGCCAAGCCCCUGCCGCUCGCACCCCCAGAGCUGUCUGCAUCCCAGGAUCGCAUCGCGCAAUUGAACGCCUACAUCCAGAGCCUGAUCCACCGCCGCCUCAACAUCAGCAAGAGCAUCCAGCAGAUGACGGAGCUCAUGCCCAUAGACAGCCUCUUUGCCAGCGACGACGUCCUGCGCAAGCGCGAGGUGGAGAAGCUCAAGGUCCAGGCGCUGAGGGACGAGCUGGCCGAGAUCCAGCGCGAGGAGUACAACGCAGGGCUCAAGCUGCACCGCGCGCACAAGCGCUCGGAGCGCGACGCGGAAUACGAGCAGACGGCCCUGUGGGUCAGGAGGGUGACUGGUUGA